GCCGUGCGGCGCCGACGUGCCGCCGUCGGACACCCCCGCUUGGGGCCGACGUCUCAGGGCCGACAUGCGCCGUUCCACACCCCCGUCCGGCCCGGAGAUUGCGGCCGCCCGACAUCCUCGAGCGCCGUCGUCCGACACCACCACCGUUCGCUGCGCGGCGCCGACGUCCCGCCGUCGUACACCCCCGCUUGGGGCCGACGUGCGCCGUUCCACACCCCCGUCCGGCCCAGAGAGUGCGGCCGCCCGACAUCCCGGGCGCCGCCGUCCGACACCACCGCGCACCACCGCCGUUUGCCGUCCAGGUCGACGUUCUUCGACCCCGCCACCCGAGUCCUGCCCUCGCCAUCCCUCUAGCGGUUCCUGCCGCCGCCACCUGCCGACGCGCCCACACGCCGCAUAAUUUUAGGCUGCGCCGCCACCUGCCAGACAAUCGUCUGCCGGAUAAUUAGAGAACAGGUUUGGAGGAUGGAUGGUCAUAGUGCUAGCUAGGAGGAGAUAGAAGAAUAUCACAUGAUGGUUAGUCAGAUGUUUGCAAGCGAGAAGCAAGGUUACGAGCACUACAACAGAUAUGCAAGAGCAAAAGGUUUUAGUGUCAGAUUGGAUGACAAGGAGUACGUGAAGGGCACCAGAGAGGUGAAAGCAAGACGUUUCUGCUGCUCUAAAGGAGGGCACCGAUUGGAGAAGUACUUUCAAGCGACUGACCAAAAAAGGGAGCCACGGGCGCUGACCCGUUGUGGUUGCAAAGCUAUGCUUGAGAUCCAACAUGAUGCAGGCAGGGGUCAGUGGUUUGUUAAGAAGUUUGUUGAUGUCCAUAACCACCCGCUAGCCGACCCGGACCAAUCUGCUUUUCUACGGUCUCACCGUCGGAUGAACGAUGCUCACAAGGCUGAUGCAGUGGAAUACGGACUUGGUGGUCUCCGUACGUUCCAAAUCAUGAAUGUGGCAGAGAAACAGAACGGCGGCUAUCCUCAUGUUGGGUAUAUUUCCCGAGACCUCUACAAUUUCUUCGCUAGGUACAAGAAAAAAGAAUCUUAGGCAGGGAUGCUGACUUUGUGCUGAACCAUAUGAGAGUACAGGAAGAACGAGAUGCUGAGUUUUUCUUCGAAUACACCACAGAUGAUGAAGGACAUCUUUGAAAUUUAUUCUGGGCAGAUUCACAGUCUCAGAUUGAUUAUGAAGCAUUCGGCGAUGUAGUUGUGUUUGACAGCACUUAUCGGGUCAACCGCUACAAUCUCCCUUUUGUUGCAUUUGUUGGACUGAACCAUCAUCGUAGUACUGUUGUUUUCGGGAUUGGUGUUGUUUCAGAUGAGACCCACAAGUCAUACGAGUGGCUACUUCAGACCUUUGUAGAGGCGAUGGGUCAUAAGGAGCCCAUAUCUGUUAUCACAGAUGGAGACUCGGCAAUGAGAAAAGCAAUUAGGAAGAUUUUGCCAAGGACAGACCAUCGGCUAUGCAGUUGGCACAUUGAGCAGACAUGAUACGCCACCUGCGUAAUCCAAUGCUUGAUGACUUCAGAAAACUCAUAUACUGUCGAAUGGGAGUUUACCAGUUUGAGAAAUCAUGGGCUGAGUUCAAGGCGAAUUAUGAGAUCAAAGAGGAGAAUGAAUGGAUGUCCAGAAUGUACAAACUUAGGAAAAAGUGGGCCGCAGCUUAUACCAAGGGACGAUAUUUCUUGGGUAUGCAGAGCAACCAGCGUAGUGAGAGUCUGAACUCUAGGCUCCACAAUCAUUUGGACCGGAAAAUGUCGUUGGUUGAUGUGGUGGAGCACACUGAGCACUGCAUAUCACGUAUGCGGAGGAACGAGGCCGAGUUGGAUGCAAUAUGUUCGCAGUCAGUUCCUUUCACUAGAAUAGAUGCUUGUCUGUUGGAGAUAAAUGCUGCUCGUAUUUAUACACCAAAUUUUUUCAAGAUGGUAAGAGAUUGUAUCCGGAGAUCAUGUGCAUGGGUGAUUCAAGAGCAAACAACAGUAAAUGACUUGGUCAGGUAUGAAGUAGUGUUAAAAGAUGGAGCGGAAGGAGGGAGCAGACGUCUGUUCUCUGUAGAGUGUUCUUUUGAUGGUUCGUUGAUGAAUGGUGCCUUCUGUCCUUGCCGUAAGAUGGAGUGUGAAGCCAUCCCUUGCGCGCACAUUUUUGUUGUUCUGGUUUUCGUAGGGGCAGCGACCAUUCCUCCAUGGUGUGUUAGCAAAAGGUGGACAAUGGAAGCCAAGGCUGCAUUCGUGUUAGUGAGAAAUGCAAAUACACAUGUGUGGUCAGAAGAGAUGAGUCGUUACCGUGAACUGAGAAACAUAGCUAGUAUGGCCCUAUUCAAAGUAUCAAAAAGCGGGGAGCGUUCGCAGCAGGUGAAAGAUUAUCUCCAAAGUAUCAUCGAUGGGCCCAUCGAGAAUGAUGAUAACACCGAGGAGACAACAUUUGGUCCUAUACCCUCUCACUACUCUGCCGCAAGCCAAGCUUCAGCGGAGAGAGUCCUUGAUCCAAAAAUAGUCGACACAAAAGGUGCUCCAUGCAAGAAGAGAAUGAAGCCAUUUCACGAGACGUUGAGGGAAACGAACGGGCGGAAGAAGAGAACUAGAAGCUACGGCCAAUGUAAAAGUUCCGAACAUGACAGGGGGAAAUGUCCAGAUUUAGGGAAAUAAAAUUGAUAGAAGCACAGUACCAAAUAUGGUAUACACGCGUGCACCGAAGUUAUUUCAGCUGGCACAAGUGUGGUCACAUCAACCAACUGAGCCCUAAGAAGAUCGAGAACUAUGUUGGCAGUAGACAUUUUUAUGGACCUGUUAAAUCUGUUGGCGUGACAGAGUUUAUGUUUUGUUAUCAUCAUCCAUGGCUAUCGUUGAACCUUGUUUAGUUUGCUUGCAGACACUUAUCACCUUGGUCGUGAUACUUGACGACUAUUGAUUUUUUUCAUAUCUGCUCAGUUUGUUUUGCUAUGUACUGGCUCCAGGUUAUUUAAUGAAUCGUAAGCACAAAUUUGUGUUUAGUCUAAAAA